AUGCCUCUACAAGAUCCGAAUCUCUAUGGGCAGCCAGCACCCAAGAAACAAAAGAAAGAGUUGAAUCUUCCUGCUUCUCUAACCUUCACGUCCCAACUUAGCUCACUCCUCGCCGCCUCCUCAUCGUCAUCAACAUCAUCACCUGCCGCCGCCACCACUGCAAGCACAACAACCACAACGGGCCGUGCACGUCCCUCUAAAGCCGGCAAAGACAUCUUUUCGGGAGUGAAAAAGAAGACCAGGCCUGGCGCGAAGACUGUUAACGAGGACAGGGACAGCAAGCUGACACUCAAAGAGCCCGUGGGUACCGAAGAUGAGAAAAGGGAGCUUGAACGCGCCCGUCGCAACAUGGAGCACAAGGCCCGUCUUUAUGCCGCCAUGCAACGCGGAGAUUACAUCGGCAAGGAAAUUGGCCUGGUUGACUUUGAUCGGAAAUGGGCAGAAGAGCAGGAGAAGAAGACAGGGCACACGGGCGAAGUAUCAUCCUCAUCAGAGGACGAAGAAUCCGAAGAGGAGAAGGAAGAACUAAUAGAGUACACCGACGACUUUGGCCGCACCCGUCUCGUCACCCCAGCCCAAAAGGCCAAGCUGGAGCGCUCUCGCUCCUCCGCCGCCGAACUCGUACAAACGGCUGCCCGCCCUGCCGAACCUGAGCAGCUGAUCGUAGGCGACAUCAUUCAGACGGAAGCUUUCGCCGCCACUGUAACCGCGGACCGGUUGGAGACUAUCAAUGAGUUAGCUGCCAAGCGCGACAGGAGCGCGACGCCGCCUCCGCCUACCCAUUAUGACGCGAACUGGGAGAUUCGCACCAAGGGCGUGGGCUUCUUCCAGUUCAGCAAGGACGAGAAAAAGAGAGAGGAGGAAAUGAGGGCGCUGGAGGAAGAACGUAAGAAGACGGAGGAGAAGAGAAAGGAGCGGGAGGAAAUGCUGGAGAAGAGGAAGAGAGAGAUUGAAGAGAGGAGAAAGGAGAUCAAGGAGAGGAGAGCAAAGAAGAUGGCGGAUAACUUUCUGGAAGGUCUGGGCGAGGAGCUUCUGGGAGGAGGUGCUGUCGAUGCGUCCAGAAGUGGCGCCGGCGGAAGAAAGAGGGAGAGGGAAGAUGAUACGGAGGAGAAGAAGUAA